AUGUCUCAUACUCAAGGAAAACUACUAUUACAAAAACAAUUACAAGAACUACAAAAAAAUCCAGUUGAUGGAUUUUCUGCUGGACUGGUAAAUGAUGAUGAUGUAUACAAAUGGGAAGUUCUUAUUAUUGGACCACCAGAUACAAUUUAUGAAGAAUAUCCACAACGACCUCCUAAAAUGAGAUUUAUCUCAGAGAUGUGGCAUCCUAAUAUUGCAAAAAAUGGUAGUGUUUGUAUUUCUAUUCUUCAUGAACCAGGUGAUGAUCAUUUUGGUUAUGAAAGACCGGAAGAACGUUGGCUACCUGUACAUACUGUUGAAACAAUAUUAUUGAGUGUUAUAUCAAUUCUCGCUGAUCCAAAUUCUGAAUCCCCGGCUAAUGUAGAUGCAGCCAAAGAAUUUAUUAAUAAUUAUGACGAGUUUAAAAAGAAAGUAGCCCAAUGUGUGAGAAAAAGUCAAGAAGAAUGA